AUCAGAAUAAUUACAUUGGACCUACAUAUUGAGAAGUUCAUAUCUUUACAGAAUCAUUCGCUUGCUGAAGUUAGAUAAAAACGGUAAGUUUUCAAAUUUGUGGUCAAAAGACUCGUUGGAGAAGCAAAAGGGAUUUGCAGAUUAAAGCAUCAGUAAAGAAUGAAGUAUUCAUUUGGUUUCUUGUUUAUGUUCUUAUUUUCAUUUUCAAAUGGUAAUUUGAAAGAGCGCGUUAUUAGUGAGUGGACUCCAUUUAGCAAUUGUUCAGUAAGCACACGUACACGAACUUGCAAACCUACUAAGUAUUGUGAAAAUGUUCCUUUAGUUGAGACUAUUCCAUGUGCUACCCACUGUUCAGGUCUACAUAUGUUUAAAGAUAAAAACAGCACAAUAGUAAAAAGAGGGCAAACAGUACAGUUUGAUGCAGCAAAUAACAUUGGAACUACAUUGCACGAUGGACAAACUCUUAAUCCUGGACAGUACCUUUCAUCAGGUAAUUGUUACUAUGCAGUUAUGCAAGGAGAUGGAAACUUUGUUCUUUAUGUUACACAACAUUGGGUACCACCAAAUGCAAUUUGGACAAGUGGUUCUUUUAAAAAAGGAACUGCCCCAAGAAGAGUUGUAAUGCAAAAUGAUGGAAAUUUGGUUGUUUACGAUGUUUACAACAGAGCAUUUUGGUCAAGUGGUACUAAUGAGAGAGGUUCAAAACCUCAUCGUCUGGUAAUGCAAACAGAUGGAAACUUGGUUAUCUAUGAUGGUGACAAUUAUCCAACGUGGUCAACUAGAACGAAUCGUGCCUAAUAAAACUUCAUUUGAAACAAUGUCUCGGAU